AUGCUGGAAAAAAGAAAGAGUCACGAUAAAUCAAAUAAUCGUUAUAAGGUAAAAUAUUCUGAGAAAAUGCUCACUAAUAAUAUAAGUAUGAAGAAUCAGAAUUUCAAUGAAAAUAAGCAGCAAAAUGAUUUCACAACAGCAGAAGCAGCAUGGAUAGAAAAGAAGCAAAAAUUAUACAAAGACACAAAUAAUCAACCGUUAUGGGAUUUCAGAAAAAUAGAAAUUAAUCCAACAGAUACAGAAGAAUUAAUUAGUUUUCCAACAAAUAAGAUAUCUUCCAGUAGAUAUAGUACUUAUUCUUUUAUUUUUAAGAGUUUAUAUGAACAGUUUUUACGUUUACCAAAUAUAUGGUUUUUACUUAUAUCGUUAUUAGAAUUUAUACCAGCUUUUCAUAACAUUAGUAAUUAUUUGUAUUAUUCUAAACAUAAGUCUAUAUAUUUACUGUUUUUUUUUAUAUUUGUAUCUAUUAUGAAAAAUAUCUACGAAGAUUCUAGAAGAUCAAAUAUAGACUCUCAAAUGAAUAAUAGGUUGUGUCAUGUUGUAGAUGUAUCUAAUUCUCAAUUAAAAGCAGUUAAAUGGAUGGACCUAACAGUUGGUAGUAUUAUUCGUUUAAUUGAAAACGAACAAGUACCUGCUGAUAUUCUUUUGCUAAGUUGUAAUAAUAAUGAAGGAUUAGUAUAUGUAGAAACUUCCUUAAUAAAUGGAGAGACAAAUUUAAACAAGAAAUGCUGUGUUAAUGAAACAAGAAAUGAAACAUCUAUGCAUGGUAUCUGUAAUAUUAAAGGGAGAAUUAUCUGUGAAAAACCAAAUAGUAAUAUGGAAUCAUUUAAUGGAUCCUUAAAAUUAGAUGCAUAUCCACGUGCUACCUCUUUAUCAAUUAAUAACGUUGUUUUUAAAGGAUCCUAUAUAAAAAAUACAGAUCAUAUUUUUGGAGUUAUUAUAUAUACAGGAACAGAUACGAAAAUCAUGAAAAAUAUGUUAAGAAAUACCUAUAAAUUUGGUUAUGUUAAUAAAGAAUUGAAUAUGUAUACAAUUAUUACCAUCUUUUUUACAUUAAUUUGUGUUUUCAUAUCCGUGUUAUGUAAAUGGACAGAAGAUGACAAAUUUAAAAGUGGAACUCAUUUUAUGUUAAUUACUACAAAAGAUAACUUAUUUGAAUCGAUAAUUAAAUACAUUUUGUUAUAUUCAAAUACUAUCCCAAUUAGUAUUCUAAUUACUGUUGAUCUUAUUUCUAUAUUUCAAAGUAUUAUAAUAGAAAAUGAUAACCGUAUUAGUACAUUUGAAAACGAAUCAUCUGAUCCUUCUGCCAUUGAUGAAAAUGAACAAGUCAUUGAUUUAAAAAUGAACAAGUCAUGUAAGGAUUUUAGAAAUUAUACUUUUUUUAUGAAUCAUUUUAGUAAAAGAAAUUUCAGCAAAAAAAGAUAUUCCUAUACGAAUAAUGAAUCAAAUUCUGUUAAUAGAAAAAGUUUUAUAAGUACAUUUCAUAAACUAAGUAAAAUUAAAAAUUAUUUUUAUAACACAAAUAGUUUAAUGAACAACUCGAAAUCUCAGUCAAACACUGUCAAUAAUAGGAGUUCAAUGGCACUAAGCGAUACUAUACAUAAAAAAUAUAGAAAGACUGGCUCCUUUUUAGAAAAAUUAAAAAUUUUCUUCUUCAAAAAAGAUGAACAUAUGAACUUUGAUACACAUUUACCACAGAAUAGCUUUCUAUAUAAAAAAUAUAUAAAGAAUCAUUCAUAUUCUCAUGAAUUGAAGGGAAAAGAAAAUGCAAAUGAUAAGUGUCGUGGUACCAUAAGGGAGAAAGAUAAAGGAUGUGUGACUACUAAAAUGGAGCAUGCCAUAAAUAAAAAGAAUAGCAGUAGUUUCAAAAACAGCAUCAACAUCAAUGAUAGCAGACACAAUAAAAGUAGUAACAAUAAUAGCGUCAGAAACAACAACAACGACAGUAACAAUAAUAAUAGUAUUAUUAAUAUCAGUAAUAGUUAUAAUAAGGGAAUUAUUUUAAAUAGCAAAAAUAUGCAAAAAAAGGAAAAAGGAAUAUUACGGAAAGUUUUCCCAUUUUUAUAUAAAACGAAAAAUGAAAUGCGAGCAAGAGACUUUACCAAAAAAGUAGACAAAGAAAAAGGAAUUAAUACACCCAAUUUAUCUAAUGAGAAAUCUUCCGUAGAUGAUGAUGAAUACGGGUGGGGGAUAUGCUUGAAUUCGAAUAUGCAUGGUGAUUUAGGAAAUGUUGAUUUCAUAUUCACAGACAAAACCGGCACUUUAACAAAUAAUGAAAUGUUCUUCAACAUCGCCAAUAAUAAUAAUAAUAAUAACAAUAACAAUAAUUGUAAUAGUUAUAGUAAGAAGAAGAAGAGUAAAUCAUCCAGUUAUGAUAAAAAAAGUUCUUGGUGUAAAAAUAGAGCCGACAGCAAAAAAACUGCAGACGAUAACGAGGCAAAAAAAAAUUGCUUUGCUACAAAUACAGGCAAUAAUUUACAUCUAGGAAAUAGUAAUAUACACGAAGAAAUUCAAGAAAAAGAGAUUGUUACGGAAGAGUAUGAUGUUAGUGCUAAUGUGCAAACGCACCGUGAUUGUGAUAGGAAUAUUAAUAACAAUAAUAGUAACAGAUACAACAACAAACUCAAUAACAGCUGUAGUAGUGGUUAUGAUAGUGAUAGUGUACAACUUAUGGAAAAGGACGAGGAUUCUUCGGAUUACAUCAUGGAAAAUAUAUAUGACAAAAUGAAUAGUGAUAAUUAUAUAAAGGAAAAUAUGGACUAUGAGCAUGAUAAAAAUAAUCUUAAUUAUAAAUCAAACUCUUCGAGAAAUUAUAAAGGUAAAAAUUCGGGAAAUAUAAAUGGUAGUUGUUUUUAUAAUAGAUAUAAAUCAUCAGAAAAUUCAUCGACGUCAUAUUCUUCGUCUUCAUCAACAUGUUCCUCUUUAUCUGAUAAUUUCAGCUCAUCUUAUAUAUAUUCAUCCUCUAAUUAUGAUAGCAUCGAAAUGCAUAAUGACAAUGAGAGUGUCAGAAGUUGCUCCAGUUAUACAGAAAGACAGAAUUUGUAUGUACCAUUAAAAAAUUCAAUGAGUAAAAAGAAAACUGAAGAAAAAAUAAAUGAAAAAGUGAAGCAUAUGAAAGAAUCCACUAGUGGAACCUACUUUUUUUUUAAUAAAGAAUAUCAGAAUUAUUUAAUGCAACAAAAAUUUUCAAAGCCAAAAAAUUUUAGAUCGCAUAUCAACACAAACCAUAUAAAAACCCGAUGUGAUUUUACUGAUAAAAGAAUAUAUGUUGAUUUAAAUUCUGAUAACUGGAGAGGUUAUUACAUAGAUGAAUUUUUAAAAUGCAUAACCUUAUGUCAUACGGUGGUUCCAUUUAUUCAGAUGGAUGCUAUUAGAAAUAAGAACAUGCCACAUAUUACUUCGAAACAUUCAAAGGGUAUCUUUCAUUAUUUGGAUAAUCAUAAUCAUGCGAAUAAAUUUUAUAAUGACAUAAACAAAACUAGAAAUGAAUUAAAUUUUCAGAGAUACACUGAAUAUGAUAAUGGUCAAGGUAUUAAAACAAGUAAUAGAUUAUAUAAAGAUUUUGAUAAAAUAGACAAUUCCUAUAAUUUAGAUAAUGAUAAAAAUUGUAGAAGUAAAAGUAACGAAAACAAAUUAACCAUUAAUGAGAAAAAGAAAUGUGAAACAAAUUUAUACAACUACACAACAUUAACCAACUUUAAGUAUAAAAAUAAUAAUAAGGGAAAUGAUUUAAAGUUCAGAUAUUUUUUUAACAAAAAUUAUAGAAUAAAAAAAAGGAGUUUUAGAUCUUCUAAAUGCUCCGAUAUUUACAAAGGUAUAGAAAAUACAGAAACCAGUGUAUGGAGGAAAUAUCCAAAUUUGAGUAGAAAUAAAAAUACCUUUUCAUGUGAAAGGAUUAGUGAACACCGUGAUAGUGGAUAUAUAUCAAAAAAACAUAGUGUAGUUUCCUUUAAACAAAUAUCAAAAGAAAAAUUGCUUUCUUUGAAUAGCUACACAGUCAAUGGAAGCAUUGAAAGAGCAAAGUACAAAAGUAAAUAUCAUAACGUGGACGAUAAAAGUUUUGAACUUACUUCUUUCGUUAAUGAAAAAAAUUUGGGAAAUUCUGAGUAUGAAUUCGACAAAAAUAAAAACAUGAAAUUUAUGGAUAAUUACCCUUCAGAAUCAAAUAUAUAUUUAGAUGCUAUAAAAUAUCAGUCUAGUUCCUUAGAUGAAGAAUGUUUAAUAUAUACAUGUAACUAUUUAGGCUAUAGAUUAAUAUUAAGGAAUAAAAAUAUCAUGUGUGUAGAAAUAGGUGGAAACUUUUAUAAAUGGAAUAUCAUUGGUAUUAAUGAAUAUACAAAUAAGAGAGGAAGAAUGUCAAUUGUCGUUAAACCUGAAUUUAUGCAUUCUGGGUCUAUUCUGUAUGUCAAAGGUUCAGAUACGUCUAUUCUCUCACUGUUAAAUUUAAAGUAUAGCAAAUUUUUAGACAAAAUAAAGAGUAACAAAAGAAUAAAAAAGAACAGCCAUGAUGUCAGCAGCAACGACAACAGUAGCAUAAACAACAACAAAAGAUACAAAAAAAACUACAAUGGAAGAGGGAAGAAGAAUAGAGAAAAAAGAGACCGACGAGAAGGCGAGAACAUUUCACUGAAAAAAAGAUUUUUCGACCUGGAAAAACACUCCUUAAAAUCUGAGCAUAUUGAAAGUAUCGAAUAUGAGAAUAUUAGUGAGAAAAUAUUUUGCACUAAUUAUUCUGAUGAAUAUGACGAAAAAAAUGAAUAUUCUAAUCUAAACGAUUUAAGGGAGAGAGAAAUAUAUGCAAAACGUCAACAAUACAAAAUUAAGAAACGAUAUCGACAAUUAGAAAAACAACUACGAAAAUUUUCAUUGAAAGGGUUGAGGUCAAUGAUAUUCGCGUUUAAAUAUUUGAAUGAAGAAGAGACUAUUAAAUACAAGAGGAUGUACGAUGAUGCAUGUUUGUCUAUAUAUAAUAAAGAAGAAAGAUUAAUGAAUGUAGCGGAAGAAAUCGAAAAAGAUUUAAUCUAUCUAGGAAUAACUGGAGUUAAAGAUAGAUUACAAAAGAAGGUAACUAAAACGAUGGAAAUUUUGAGCCAAUCUGGAAUCCGAAUUUGGAUGUUAACAGGAGAUAACGUUGAGUAUUCUUUACACAUUUCAUUUUUAUGUAAAAUUUUAAAUUCUCAUACCAAAAUAUUUCAUGCUAUGCUUGAGAACAAGAAUUAUAAAAAAUUAAAACGGGAAGGGGCAGCAUUAUAUGAGUUAUUUCAGGCGGAAAAAGAAGAGAAAAAAUGUUACGAAAAAUUAUGUUUAUUAAUAAACGGUAAAAACUUACAAACAUUUUUAAAUCAUAGUGAUUUACAAACGCAUUUUCUAAAUAUGGCUUGUAGAUCUGAUGUCGUAAUAGCUUGUCGAAUAACAGCUAAGCAAAAGGCAUUUAUAGUUCGAUUAAUUAAGAAUAGAUUAUCUCCAACACCAAAUACAUUAGCCAUAGGAGAUGGAGCAAAUGAUAUUGCAAUGUUACAAGAAGCUAAUAUAGGGGUAAGUAUAAUGACUUCGGAAUGUAUUAUAUCUGCAGGAUAUUCAGAUUACUGUAUAAAAAAUUUUUGUUAUUUAAGGAAAUUAUUAUUUAUAUAUGGAUCGAAACAUUUAUAUACAAUUAGUAUUAUGUUAUAUUGGAGCUUUUUUAAAAAUAUUAUUCUUAUACUACCAAUUUUUUUUUAUCAAGCUUAUGCCGCCUGGAGUUGUGUAAAAAUAUAUCCAGAAAUGUUAUAUACAUUUUUCAGUAUUUUUUGGGUAUUUAUACCUAUAAUUUAUUAUAUGUUCCUACAGCAUAAUUUGAAUUAUGAUAUAUUAUAUAAUAUUCCUUUAUUUUAUGCACUAAGUAGAAGAAAGUACAAUAUGAACAUCUUAAAAUUUUUCUCUUGGAUAAUUGAGGCUAUCUUUUAUGCUGUGAUUAUAUUUUUUUUUUCUUACAUAGCACUUAAGGAAAAUUCUCAUCUGAAUAAUGGAGAAGUAGUCACAAUAAAUACCUUUGGAAAUAUAUGUUUUCUAGGGAGUUUAUUAAUUUCUAUUAUGCGUCUUUUCUUAGAAGGAUCUUUAUGGUCUCCAUCAAUACUCAUUACGUGCUUUGGUUGUUUUCUUUUUGUUUUUUUCCCUUCAAUGAUUUUUAUUUUUUUCGCUUAUGUGUCAAAUGAAUAUAUAAGAGAGGUAUUUAGGCAAACCUUUUCUUGGAAUCCUUUAUAUGUUCUUUUAAUUUUAUGGUUUACAAUAUGUAUCAUCUCGUAUAUAUUUAUUAAUUUUACAAAAACUAUCUUGUUCCCUAAUAUAUAUAAUGUAGUUAAUCACUGGAUAUUUGAACAGUAUCAAGAGAAGCAUAAUAAAUAUAAAUAUGCUUAUUUUCUAUCAGGAAAGAAAAAAUUUUUAAGCUUAAAAAGAUUUAGCAAGAAAUUAAAAUUUAAAUUUAGAAGAAAUAUAAACAAGACAUCUAAUUUUAAAAUUGACGAUAAGCAUAAUUCUCUUGAAAAUACGUUAAUAAGUAGUGCAAAAAAUUAUAAAAACAAUCAGCGAUACAUUAAGAAUAACUCCUUUUCUAAAUACUUCCAUAAAUCGAGGAGCUCAAUCAUUGAUCGUAACAUUCAUAGUAGUAUUGCCAAUUUGGAUUAUAAUAACACUGAUUUUGACGAGGAACAAAAAUAUAGAGGGUCACAAGUUACCUUAUCGGAGCAGGCGGUUCACGGGAUGGGAAAUUUUGACUCUACUAGAAAAAGGGGGAAAAAAGGAAUUACGGAAGAAUAUAGAGAGGGGCAAAUGGCAAAAAUAGAUAAAAGGGAAAGCACAAAUAAUAACAUUAAAAACACACAGAACAAUCAGGUUAACAAAGUUCAGGUUAAUCAAAUGAAGGAAAAAGAGUUAAGUGUACAUACAGGUAAGGAAAAUGAUACAGAUGAAGAGAAUACAAAACAAAGGCAUUCAGAUAAGACAUAUAAAAACGAGGAGAUAAAAAAACGUGAAAUUGAUGAGAAGGCUAAAAAUGAUACAGAACAAAGUAAGAGGAAAAGAAAUGAAAAAGGUGGAGAUAAAUCACCAUUUGUUGAAACCGAGAAGAAAACUACAGAGGUAGAUACAUGUAACAAAAUAUAUUCUUUCCAACUGAAGAAGGAAAAAGCAAAUCAGGCAAUUUGUGAAGAAGAAAAGAAUCAGAGUAUUUCCAAUUGGUCCAAUAAGUUUAAUAUAUUUAAUAAAAUAUGCAGUAACGAAAAUGAGGAAAAGGACUUCUUUAAAAGUGAUGAUAGAUGUCUAGUUAACAGAGGUUUACUUAAUUACAGAAAUAGCUUAACAUAUGAUGAAACAACUAUAAGUGGGAAUGGUUAUUAUAUAGAAGAUAGUUUUCCUAUGGAUUUUAGAUCAGAUGAAUAUUUGGAAUCAAGUUCUAGAAUUGAUGAAUCCCUAAUGGCAGAAAUGAAAAAUUGUUUAAACCCAUUAAAAAAUACGUUUCUAGUUGAUUUAUUACCUCAAGGGAAACGUUUUCGAAUUAACGAAGAGCAUAUAUUUUUUAAAAAUAAUGAACGUAUGGAAAAUAUACCUGAACCAUUAGAUGUUAAUAAAAGAAAUUAUUAUAUAAUUCAAAAUAAGGCUGCAUAUUAUGAUAACGAAUCGACAUCCGAAUUUUCCUAUACAAGUGCGGAUAGUUCAAAUUAUAAUGGCAAUAAUAAAAAGAAAAACGAAAAUGAGAAUGCACAAAAAGAAAUUGUGAAAGUGACCAAUUUAAUUAAUAGAUUCACAUUAGCAUUUAAAGAUAUGCAACUGGAAUCAGGAUUUCAAAUACAUAAAAAGAAUAAAUUUUACAAAACAUUAAUACCAUGGUAUCGUUUUAUUUUUAUAUUAUUAGGAAUAUUUUUUUUAUAUAUUUGGAAAUUAGAAUCAUCAUUAAAUGAAUCGUGGUAUAUGUCACCAAAUACUUCCACGGGUUUAUUUGUAUUAAUUUUAUAUCUCGUAUUUGAAUUAAUCUUACUAAUUGCAACAGUUACCACAUUUUUCCCCAUUAUAUUUAUAGAAAAUUUUAACAAAAUUAUCAAUUCAUUGGUAAUAUUAAUAAUAACUCAUCAUGUGGUUAGUUAUUCCAUUACACACACAGAUGGAGUCUUUCAAGCAGUUCUUUUUCCCUUAUACACAUUUGUUAUUUUAAGAUUACCCUUUGUUAACGCUGUAUUUUGCAAUAUUAUUUUUUUAAGUCUGUUCAUUAUUAGGUUUAAGGGAGACCAUUUUUUAGAUAAAAAAAGCUUAGCUCAUUAUAUCCCUUUGUUUAUUGGUGUUGACGUUUUUGUCGGUUUUGUAGGUUAUCGUCUUGAGUUUAAUCAAAGGAAAAACUUUUUAUUGGAAUAUUCGGUAGAAUCCUCUAGAAGAAAACAGAGGGAAAUAUUAAACACCAUGCUUCCUGCUUUUAUUGUGGAUGAAAUGAUAUAUUCUGAAUUAAAUGAAGAAGGUAUACCUAUAUCGUUGAAAGCAGAGGACAUAGAUACUGUUACGGUGAUCUUUUGCGAUAUAUAUGACUUUCAAAACAUUGUAGCUAAUAUUGAACCUACAAGAUUAGUUGAAGUGCUAGAUAGACUAUUUUUAUGUUUUGACAAAUGUACUGAGCAAUUUAACUGCACAAAAAUUGAAACAGUUUUUGAAACAUACUUGGCUGCAUGCGGAUUGGUGAAAAAGGAAGGUGACAACAGAAGCGGCAGCAGCAGUAAUGUUAAUAAUGACAACAACAGUAGUAUUAACAACUGUAAGAAUAACACAUAUGACAAAAAUAAUAAACAUUUUGAGGAGAGUAACGAAAAUUAUAACAAUAUGUGUGGCAAAACUAAAGGCCAGGAAGACGCUCAUGAUUCAAUCGAUUUUGCUUUAUCAAUUCUUCAAGUGAGUAGUCAUAUUAAAUACGAAAAAACAAAGCAAAUGGCAAAAAAGAACGACUGCUAUGAACAUGAUAAUGCGGAUGAGCAUGAGAAUAUAAACAAUUCAGUGAAUAAUAUGACACAAGGAAAAUCCUUAGAGAGUAGACCAACCAGAAUUAGAGUUAAGAUUGGAAUACAUUCAGGAAGAAUUAUUGCUGGUGUUGUAGGAUCUAAAAAACCGCAAUAUGCUCUUUUUGGUGAUACGGUUAAUACAGCAUCUAGAAUGAAAACAACAGGGAAACCUGAUUAUAUUCAUUUAUCAGAAGCGACGUAUGACUUGGUUAAGGAUGAUAAAACAUUAAUUUAUGAAAAAAAAGAAACAGAAAUAAAAGGAAAAGGAACUAUGACCACAUAUUUAAUAACAUCUGUUAUUGGGUUAAAUUAUCCAUUUGUAGAUGAGAAUGUGGACAGAAAGAAUCAUUUUUUUUCUGAUUUUUAUGCAGAUAAUAAUAAACUAAAUAAUUCUAUAAAUUAUGAUAAAACACAAAAUAUAUUAGAUUAUUAUUCAAACAAAACAAAUCAAUAUAAUGAAUACAAUUUAAAUGAAAGUACUUGUAAUAUUGAUAUGAAUAACUACGGUAAUUUUGACAAUGAAAUAAACAAUGAUUACGUAAAUUUGAAAGAUUUGUCCUUGAAUGAUUUGCCCAAUGAAUAUAUAAGAGAUGUUAAUAUGCAUUGUUAUGAAAUUAUAAAAUUAAGGAAUCUAAAAAUUGGUGCAGCUCUAGGUUAUCAGUUGAAACAAAAGGAUUUUCUUAAUAUGUCCUUUUUAAAUAAUGAACUUCAUAAUGAUUCUACAACAAAUUUCAAUCACUACCUUGAAAAUAAUAAAGAUUUUGAUGAUAUUAAAGAUUUUAAUACUACCUAUAUGAAUAAACUUUCCUUGAGUGAUUCAUUGUACUAUUUGAAUGAUAAUUUAAUAAAUAAAGAUCAAAAUAGUGAAAUUAUCCAAAAAAAAACAAAUCCAGAAAUCAUGAAACAAGUCAAUGCGCAAAGCAUGAACAACCUUACAUAUGUUGGUAUAGAAACUCAUGAUGAAGACGAUGACGAGGAUUAUAAAAAUGUGCAAUUAUGUGCUAAAAAAUGCAGAACAUGUAGUGAGAGAUAUUGUACUGUUAGUAACUGUAUUAAUUAUGAUCAUGUAAACCACGUAGCCUAUCACAAAAUGUUGAAUAACAAGAGAAGGAACUAUCUUAGGAGCAUCAUGAAGAAAGGUAAAAGGGAUGGAGAGACAGAAACGGGUGGGGAAUCGAAGCACCAACUGAAGAUGCAGAAGGAGAAGAAGAAACAGCAGGAGCAACAACAAAAACAGCUAGAAGCGGAUGAAACCUCUAAGAAGGGUGCCCUAAAUAUGUCGGGGCUUACUUCGUGCUUAUUGAAAAUAUUUACUUUUUCUAGAAAGGGAAAAAAGGAAAAACACAAUACCAUAUGCAAAAAACAAGACCAAGAAAGGGGAAAAGGGAUAGCUUCCAUAAGUAGCGAAUGGAUAUUUUUAAAAUUUAGUGACAAGAAUUUAGAGUCUAAAUAUAGGUCUCAUUUUUAUAGUAACAAAUCUAAUCUAAAUUCAAUUGAGCAAGCACUAAUAAUUUUUCUAGUAGCCUUUGUUAUGCAAACAUUAAUUUCAAGUACAGUACCAAUAGUAUUUGUAGAUCAUAAAAGAGCAACUCAAACGCUACAAGUUAAUUAUUUUAUAUAUUGGUCUGUGAGAUCUGUGUAUACAUAUCUUGGUUUUAUGUUGUGGUUAUUAUUUCAUUAUAGAACUAGACCUGAAGUUUCCUCUUUAUUAAAUAUUAAAUGGAUGAUAUUUUUCUUAAAUUUAUUAUUCAUAUCAGCCGCAUGUGUUUUUUCAGUAGCAUAUUUAUGGUCUAUAUCAGAAACGGAUCAAACGACAUCCCAUACUAUAUGGAUGACAAAUGAUACUAUAGAAUUUUUCUUUUAUUUAGUCAUAUUACAUCAUAACACAGGUAUGUUAUUUCAGACAUGUAUAUUAGUAGACCUGUUGUUAAUUACUAUGUCUUUGACAUUUAUAUCAACGAGUGUUGUAAAAACAAUAACUACAGACUCAACUCUUCUGCUUAUACCAUGGUACGUUGCCUUUAAUUUAAUAUCAACAUAUUGUAAGGAAUCUAUUGAUAGAAGAACAUUUUAUGCAAAUGAGAGUGCAAAGAAGACAGAAAAUAGAGCCACAGAAUUGUUAAAUGAUAUGCUUCCUAAACAUGUGUUAGAAGAGUUUCAACAAGAUAAAUUAAAGCUAGCUUAUACACAUGACAGAUUGACAUUUCUUUUUGCUGAUAUAUGUGGAUUUACUUCAUGGGCAAAUGGAGUAGAUGCUUCAGAAGUCUUAACAUUGUUACAGAAAUUAUUUGCAAAAUUUGAUAACGACAGUACAAAAUACGGUUUAUAUAAAUUAUGCACAAUAGGAGAUGCAUAUGUAGCUAUAAGCGAACCUGUCACAGAAGACAACCAAGAUUAUGACCCUGUAGAUGGUACUGAAAGAGUUCUAGAAAUGGCAUAUUCAAUGAUAAGAAUUAUUAAAGAAAUAAGAGAAAAAUUAGGUAUACCUAAUCUAAAUAUGAGAAUAGGUUUACACUAUGGUUCAUGUGUAGGUGGGGUUAUUGGGUCCGGUCGUUUGAGAUAUGAUUUAUGGGGAAUUGAUGUAUUAACAGGUAAUCUUAUGGAAAGUAAUGGUAUUCCAGGUAAAAUUAAUGUUUCUGAAACUCUUAAAAAUUUCUUAUUGCAACAAUUUAAAAAUAGAUUUAUUUUUAAAGCAAAUACAACUGUUAGAGUUAUUUACAAAGAUGUCAAAUGUUUUAUUAUUAAUGAUAAAAAAGAAACUGAUUCCUCUAAUAAUACAAAAACAUUACCCAGUAGAAGCCAUUUAUUUAAUAGAAAAUUCCAAAGACAAAACCAUCUGGGGACAAACCGACUUGACAAUAGAAGAACAAGCACUUUAUCCAUAUCUACUCGUAACCUCAGCAAUUUCAACGGUAAAAAAUUUUCUAGCAAGGAUCUCUAUUACAUAAACGUCAACAACUCUUAA